AUGAAAUCAUCUCGAGCAAUUCCUGCAACUGAUGUCAAAGUGUCCGAGAAAUCGAGAACAUUUCCUUGGUGGUGUUUAUUUAUUGCUUAUGCUCUUUCAAUUCUGAUGAUUUGCAUUUCCAUAUUCUUUAUCAUUGUUCGAGGAAUUGAAUUUGGUGAUUUGAAGACACAGAAAUGGUUGACGUCUGUUCUUACAGGAUUCUUCUCAUCGAUUUUCUUGACUCAACCAAUCAAAGUAAACUUUUGA